GCGGGCUUUUCACACCGGAAAUAGCCGUGUUCGAUGAAUGCGAGAUCGUACUAGAUCAAUCGUCACUUUUUAAAUAAUAUAGCAGCCCUUGAAUAAGACACCAUGUUGCGCAGUAUCCUAUCUCGUUCUUGUACUAGCCGUUUAUCUGUACUCAGCUUUGCGCGUUCUUACAGCUCAAACAUGGCAACACAAGGGAAGAUUAUACCAGUGGUCGACCUCGGUGGACUGUUUGAUCACAGUAAGCAGCAGGAUGUAGAGCGUACGAAGGUUAUCAGCCAACUCAAAAAGGCGUCUAAGGAAGUUGGCUUCUUUUAUCUAAUCAAUCAUGGGUUCGGCGGCGGUAGGGGUAGCAGAAUGGAUGUUCAUAGCAGAGCAUGAUUUGGGCAACCAGAGGUGAAAAUGUCCAAAUCAAAAACGUAUCCAGGUUAAAUCAUAUGUAUGCGCAUCUUGCCCAGAUUGUUACCUACUCUCAAAUACCUGAUAUAAUUUUGUGUGUUAUUUUAAUUUACCUAUUAGAAGUAUCAUACAACUGGUAAGUCAAUCAAUUAUAUCAUUUAUAGUCUAUUGGUACGCCAUUUGUCGGGACAAUUGCGUUGUUACUUUGCAUUUUCUGUAUUAGUUCGUGCAGACCACACAAGGCUUUCACGAAAACAGAAGUAUGCUGGCAGUUACAUAUAUAGGCCAGAUGUAUAUUUUUACUGUGAUGUUGAUAUAGAAUUGUAUAAAAAUAUACAAAAAUGAAUAGAUAUAUGCAUACAUACAAUAUACACAUAUGAGAUAUCCUGUUAUGAACGGGUUUUGCAGUUAGCCAUGUAUACACAUAUAUGUUUGAAUAUGAAUUGAUUGCGUGUAUUCGGAUACUACCAGAAUUGCAGACUUGUCCUGAUGCAUGGUAGGGGAUAAUCUCCUAGAUUGUCAUCCAGAUAGUUCAGUAGGCGAAUCAUGUCUGUCCCGCUCGUUUGCCCAGAAUGAAUGAGGGGUUUGAUCAGUUUCGUUCAUACUACCUCUUGAAUUGCACCACACACACAGCGUUUCUCCUGAUUUGAUGCAGUCAACCUUCAAAAGCAUGCGUGCAUUUAUGGACCAGCCCGAAGAAAUCAAGAUGAAAGUGCAUGUGAACCACAAUGAAGGACUGCGGGGCUACUCCGCGGAGUUCGAGCAGGGCAACUAUGGAGUGGACGUGACAGAUAUUCGAAACCAACUGACAAAGGAAACGACUUCCGAAGCGGAGGACGAACCGAUGGACUUCAAGCAGACGUAUCACUACGGACGUGAGCUCCCUAAAACCCACAAGCACUACAAUGUGACUCUCUUUGCCCCUAAUGUGUACCCUGAUACACCCGCACAAUUUUCCGAGGAUAUCAAAACAUAUUGGGGGGCUAUGGACACGCUCUCUGAUACGCUAUUUGAAGUUUUUGCCGAAGCACUGAACCUACCACGGGACUACUUCGAGGAUAAAGUGGAUGAAGGAAUGGAUUCGAUGAAUAUGAACUACUACCUCCCCUUUGCGGAUAGGCCGCAGAACCAGAUGGGCAUUGGCGCACACACAGACUACGAAUGCUUCACUCUACUCGCACAGGAUGGUCCCACCGCGCUUCAGAUAUUCUCGCCCGAGAAACAGGAGUGGGUGUAUGUACCUGAAGUGCGCAAUGCGAUCGUGGUCAACAUAGGCGACAUGAUGGCACGCUGGAGCAACGACGAGUUCACCAGUACAG